UGAGAAGUCAACUUUCUCUUCUUUCUGUAGCGCGAGUGUAUCUCUGUCCAUGUCGGCCAAGCUGGCGUGCAGAUGGGCAAUACUUGCUGGGAACUGUAUUGCCUAGAACAUGGAAUUCAGCCAGAUGGACAGAUGCCAAGUGAUAAGACCAUUGGUGGUGGAGACGACUCCUUUACUACCUUCUUCUGUGAAACCGGUGCUGGGAAGCAUGUCCCCCGGGCUGUCUUUGUGGACCUGGAGCCCACUGUGAUUGAUGAGAUUCGUGGUGGCACUUAUCGUCAGCUCUUCCAUCCAGAGCAACUAAUCACUGGAAAGGAAGAUGCUGCCAACAACUAUGCCCGUGGACAUUACACCAUUGGCAAGGAGAUCAUUGACUUGGUGUUGGAUAGGAUUCGUAAACUGGUAAUAAUUGCAAUGAAGGAUGGGGGUAUGGACUUUUUGGAGGAAUGGAAGGAACUCUGCCUGAGACUGGUGGAGAUGUUGGGAUAGCAGGGACUUGAGGUC